CCUCUGUAAAAUGUAGUAUAUACUAUCUUCCUGAGAAUCUAAAAUUUGCAAAAAGGAAAAUAAUAAUAAUAAUAAAAAGUGAAAAUCCUCUUUCUAUUUGGUAUGCUAAAAGAGACCAGUGUGAUCACAACCGUUCAUAAUUCGCCAUUCAAAUCCCGCGCCAUCGUAGCCGCCUAGAUAAUCUUAAACGCAGCACACGUGCAAGAUAAUACGGUACACGCUACAACACCGUAUGACUCCUCACCGUAAUAAAAACAUAGGAUUUGCUGAUCUCAACUCUUUUCCAUCGACAUCGAGCGACUCCUCCGCAGCUAACCCUAAUCGUCGAUUCUUCACCAACCGGUAGCCCUCGGCGCCAUCGUCGUUACCUUUGCUGUGUUCCAAUGAGUCGCUCAAGUAGAACUCUCUAUGUUGGGAAUCUCCCUGGAGAUAUUCGUGAACGUGAGGUGGAAACUUUGUUUUACAAGUAUGGACGAAUUGCACAUAUCGAUUUGAAAAUCCCACCAAGGCCCCCAGGUUAUGCAUUUGUAGAGUUUGAGGAGGCCCGUGAUGCUGAAGACGCCAUUCGUGGUCGAGAUGGCUAUGAGUAUGAGGGAAACCGCUUGCGGGUGGAGCUGGCGCAUGGUGGGCGUGGUCACUCAUCAUCAUCUGAUCGCUACAGAGAUAGUGGUGGCAGGGGUCCUCGUGGUGGAGUCUCUAGGCGGUCUGAUUAUAGAGUGAUGGUCACUGGAUUACCCGCUUCUGCUUCAUGGCAAGACCUCAAGGAUCAUAUGCGUCGUGCUGGGGAUGUUUGUUUCUCUCAGGUUUUCCGUGAGGGAAAUGGCACUACUGGGAUUGUGGAUUAUACAAAUUAUGAUGACAUGAAAUAUUCUAUUAAAAAGCUUGACGAUUCUGAGUUUCGCAAUUCCUAUUCUCGUGCAAUAAUCCGCGUGAAGGAAUAUGACCGAUCAAGGAGUCGAAGCCGCAGUCGUUCGAGAUCAAGAGGGAGUGCCAGCCGCAGCCCAAGUAGAAGCCGUAGUAGGAGUAGGAGGUUGUGUAACUCUUAAUGUUUCUGUUUGUUCUUUUAUUUUGGGGGUCAACCCAUUUAUUAAAAGAAGAUUGGACUCCCCCCCCCCUUGCAGCAAGUCUCCAAAAGCUAAAUCUGUCAAGCGUUCAAGAUCCCGCUCAAGGUCUGUGUCGUCGAGGUCUCCCUCGAGGUCCAGAGCAAAUUCAGUGUCAAGGUACAUGAUGUUUGUUAUGUAUUCAUCUACUUAUCGAUGUACUUCUCUCUGUUGUUCUCGCUGUAUGUCAUUCUAAAGGAAAGAGUUUUUUUGGGUCUUUAUUUGUGGAGUUUUUUCUUUGUUGUUUUUUUUUUUGGGAUGAGAAUGAAGUAAAAUGAGUGCUCAUGGGUCGAUAUUUAUAAAAUAAGUUGAGAAUUUUAAAAGAAAAAUAUUAAUGGUAAAGUAUGAAUUCAAAUGGGAGGAUAGAGAGGUCUUGCAUUCAUUAUUUCUCUAUUGUCUUGUCGAGGGUGGGUGGGAAUUUGUUUUUUCUUUCCUUUAAUGUAAAAGAAGCUGGGCCCAGGGUUCCCCUAAUGAUGCCUUUUAUGGCCUCUUCAUUUGAUUGCUCGAAUGUUUAAGCGUAUGUAUCGGCUUCUCUCUAAGACAUACACUGUUGUGUAUAAAUACUCUUAUGCUCUUCAUUUGGAUGCGAACAUGUAUGUAUUGGCUUCUCCUUAGGAUAUACGCUGGUGUAUGUAUAGUCUGUUUCUUCAAAACUUUUUAAAUUUCUAUUACAAUGAAAUGAUUCUGUUGAAGAUAUGCCAAUCAAGUAAAAAUAUUCUUGUUUGAUGGUUGUUUUAAGUGGACGGUAUCUUGAGGGUCUGUGAAUGACGUUUGGAUAUAGAUUAUUUCCCCUUUUAAACUGGUACUUGCUCAUAGUAUGUGUUGUCUCUGAUGGUAAAGUGUUUUCGAAAUGGGAUAAAGUUUAACUGGACGGUUAACAGUAUACUACUCAAGUUUGUUUCUCUGUUUGAAUUUGCCAUCUCUGGUUGUUUAGCGAUGGGAUUACCCAUUUUCAUCGAUCAUUUGAGUGCUAAUUGCAGAGCCUUGAUCCUUCCAAUUUAUCUGGUCUGAUAUUCUUGGCAAACAUUGAAUGUUUUGCUGCUUUUAAGCCCACAUACCGGCCCUGUUCUUGUUUCCUAAGAAAAGUUUAGAAAAUUUGGCCCCCUUUUUAUGAGGAGUACUUCAGUGUUGUUGCUUUUGUUUUUCAAACUUGGGAAUCACAUUCUUUGUUUUUCUAGAUAAGGAUAUAUGCAGCGAUCUGGGAAUUGCAUAUUAUGACUGUCUUGGGAUAUGGUUCUGUUGCCUACAACUCUUUUUGUUGGAGGUAUGAUGUCUUUUAGAUGGCAGCUUUGGAAAUCCUUGAUGGUUUCUAUUCUAAUAAGUACAAUAAAUGUCCAUGGCUGCUAGAUAUGGGAACCAGAAGAUCAUGGAUUUUUCAUGGCGAAGCUGGACUAGGAUCUAAUUGCCAUAUGAAAUUUGGGAUCGCCAUUGUUUUUAAUCUUCUCCUAUGCUGCAAAGCUAAUAAAUCAUACUCCCUGAAACCUAUUGUUUGCUGGUCAUUGGUACUGUAAGGAGGAGCUUCAUUGGCUCUUUCAAGAUUUUUGUCCUUGAGUGGGUAAUCAUUUUGGUUGAAAUAUGUUCAAUUUUCACUUUGUUUUGCUGAAUGUGUUGAUUUCUUCUUGUCCAUAUUGAUUGUGGUAACUCUGACGUGGAAGUGGCAUUCAAGGCUCUUGGAUCACUUGUUAAGAGGAUCUUGUGGAAAUUAAAUUGGGUUAUUUCUGGAACUUUUGCAGAUCUCCUUCCAGAUCCAGGUCCCCCCUGCCAUCUGUAAGUAGAAUAUACCUUUUUGGUCAUUUUGUUACAUGAUCCCCUUUGACUGGCAUCUAUGUUCGGUAGAAUUGGUUUGGAUGAUUUUACACUAUUGUUAUACCCGAUUCUAUUUGUUUGUUUUAUUUUAGCGCCAGAAACGUUUGAGCAAGAGCCCACCAAAGCGCAGUCCAGGUAAGAGCGCGAGCAGGAGUAGGAGUAGGAGUGGUAGCAGGAGCCGGAGCAGAAGUGCUUGAGGUUGUAAUUUUUGUCUGGCUUCAUAUUCUUGAUCUGUUCCAAGAAUUUAAGGCUGUCUUCUUUAAUUGUGCUUAUUAUUAUUAUUUUUUUCUUCUAAAAUAUUGGUUGGUGAGAUUCAGCUGUGGUUGAUGUGCAGAGAUACUAGAUCUGGUAGUUGAGUGGCAUUCUACUGGAUGGAUUUGAAACGGUAAAAGACUUCAUGAUUUGUCAUUGCUGGAGCCGAGCAAAGAAGUUAUUUUAUAUGUUGUACUAAACUGUUAUGGUGAAAUUCAGUAUUAAGCUUAUUAUUGAAUGGUAUUCUCUGAAUUCUUUAUAAAGACCUCGCGAAGGUAUUAUUAUGCUGAAAUUGAAUAUAUUCGAUUCUGGGUAUGUUAUUCAUGUGUAUUUGUUGCACUUGUCCCUAUAACGACGCUACACUAGUUUCAUAAGCUUAGGAUAUGUAAUUGGGGGUGAGCACCUUGGUUUGUCUGUCUAAUAGACUAAUAUAGAUCUGUUAUAUGUGUUCUUUGGCACUGAUUUCUUUAUGUGCAAUUUGCUCGUGGUGGAUUUCAUUGGUCAUUUGCUUGAGUUGAUACACCGUGGCUAAUUUAAAGUCGAACGAAUAUCUAUUUCCUAGUUAGAGGUAUUUACAAGUUUGAUGACUUGAACUUGGGGUUAAGAGAAUCUGGAAUGUGUGUUAUGCUUUGGGGGAACAUGGCACAUUGAUGAUGGAUUUGCCAAAACUGGUUGAGUUCAAUCAAUGAGUACUGUGGGUGGGGUUUGCAAUGUGUGGCUUACAAUCAAGUAGGAAAAGGUACACAGUUUGUGGCAUUGGACGUGUAGAGAUAAGGAAUGCUGGGCAGUGGUUUCUUUUCAGUUGAUUGGGGGAGGUGCGGACAUUUUCUUUUCCACUUGGGGUGAAAGUAAAACUAUGGAUGACUUUUCUCCUGCUAGUGAAGUAAACUAGGGGCGAAGGAUCAACAAACGACAUUAGCUCGCAAGUACAUUGCAUCUACACUAUUUGAAUCUACUAAGGUUUCGUUUGGAUUGUUUUUAAGGCUUUGUUUGGAUUGUUUUCUUAGUUUAUAUUUUUCUAUUAGACUUAGACAUUGGAUAAAAAAUAUAUUGAUUGAAAAAUUCAAAAAAAAAUUGAGUGGAUCUGUUGAUAAAAAGAAUGCAAAUAGAACCUAAUGUAAAACGAAGUUACCAAACUUGAUGUUUUUCAAGGAGAAACGGUGACAGGAAGAUGGAUAAAUUUGAUUUCUCUUUAUAGAAUUUUUACGUGAUUCUUUUAACAUUUGUGUUGUUAUAUAUUGGGGGUAAUACACAAGAACCCCUCAUGGUUUGGGAAACGACACGAGAACCCCCUAUGGUUUCAAAAGCACAUGAGAAUUCCCUCGUUCUUUUCGGAAACAUGUAAAAUAGAUGGAAAAGCUUGACACUAACGGCGGUAUAAAAUCUGACAUUUUUACCCUUUUUAAAAUUAGAUUGACAUAACCUCUUUCUCAUUCUUCCUCCGGUUUCUCCUCUGAGCUUUCGCAACCUCCACCAUUUCCUCCUCUGCAAUGCUCCUGCUCCUGAAAAUCCAUUACCCCAUACGUCCAUGAACAAACCUCGGUUAGCCGACGACAUCCAAGAACAUCCAAAUCAGCUACUAAUUUUUUCCCUACCCAUCUUGAUUGGCCACCAUUAACCAUUGAUAAAUGUUUGAUUUCCGAUCUGGGUGAUCUCUGGAUUUGCAGAAAUGUUUGGAUCCUUUAUUAGGGUUUUGAGGUGGUGGGGAUUUUAGUCCUAUAUCCAGGCAGCAAUGGUGAUUGGCUAGGAUUUUCGUUGAAGCUUUUAGGCCAGGUGGUGAAUUCGGUGGCCUUGAAACUGAAGAGUUUGGCAUCUAGGGAAUUUUUGUUUUAUAUAGUUAUUUGGAAUUUGCCCUCCUCUUUCUUCAUGUUCUUCAUAUCCACCUAAGGGGCAUUUUAGGUGUAAAAAAGUUUUUAAGCAUAAAAGAGAAAGCCCACUCUCCCCUACGCGCGCUUCAUGUACACCCUCCGUCACUUUUAACCUCUUACAUCUAUUUUACACGUUUCGGAUGUGUGCUUUUGAAACCAUAGGAGGGUUCUCGUGUCGUUUCCCAAACCAUGAGGGAAUUCUUGUGUAUUACCCCUAUAUAUUGCUAUGGCAACAUACUAUACACGCAAAAGGCCAAAAGGGGGCUUCAGCUUCAAGUCUUUUUCUAUUUUAAAAUAGAUAUUAUUGGACAGAUUUUAUAAAAUUGAAAACUAUACAUAAUUUGUGAAAAUACGAAAUUAUUCUUGCAUAUUUUCUGUGCAAUUCUAGUUUUCAUAAUAUUCAGUUUUAACGUAAUUUUACUUUGAACAUAACUAGAAUUUCUUAUGUAGAGGUAAUGCUAAUAGAA